AUGAAAUUUGUGUUUCAGGGAUGGAGAGAAUUUAAAAAAAUUUCAGAUGGCUUGUUUGGUGAAUGCAGCGAUGGCCUAGUCCCAGUUUUAACAUAUUUCAACGACCUUGAUCCCAUUGAAAUCGAACUCUUAAAUGAUCAACUUCUUCAACUUAAAACAAGUGGCAAUGAUUGGAAAAGCUCUAAAACUCAAUGCGUACUCAUUUAUUUCAAGCUUGCAGUUAUUUUUCAAUUGAAAUACGAUGAAGAUUUUUGUGAGGUUCAUAAUCCAGCCAAUAUUUGGCAAUUACUUCAGAUUGUAAAAUCAUCGUUUUCAUCCAAAGAUUUCCAACGAGUUGGUGAUUAUAUUGAAAACAGUGCGGAGAAAUUGCCGGAUAAUGAACUACUCGAAAGUUAUGUCGAGGAAGUUGCGAGUGAAGAACCGCAAACAGCGAAUGACGAUCCACAAGAAAUAAUUGAGAAUACCGAAGGAAACCAAGCAUCGCCAUCCACAACGGAUGAUAUAGAUCGUAUAUCAGAUUACAUGAAUGAUGACAAUGUAGAUGAAGAAAUGAGCCGGUCGAUCGAUGUUCCCGAAAUUAAUAACGAUGAACAGCUUAAACAGUUUAUUAAAAAAUUCCUAAUGCGUACUGAAGAUGCAAAUUCUGUCGGAGAGGAAGAAGAAAUGGUACCAUUGAACGUAAAUGAUGACGAAGAACCACCACUUAAAAAGGAUAUUGAACAUUUAGGCAAUCCUAAUAUAGGAUUGGAGAAUACCGAACAUAAAAUCGUAAAAGGCAGUGGACCAUUUCAAAAAGUUGAAGCUAAUCGCGUAUACUUAAAAAUAUCAGACGAUCUCAACGAUGAGCAAUUUUAUCGUCUAAUUCAAUAUCUUAAUCAGAUUAUUGCAAAACCAAAAAAUCUCAUUUUUAGCGAUUUCGCAAUUAAUGAUGAUCAAUUGUCGUUCGAAGUAAGUCGUUCAUUUUCUGGACAUCCACGAAGUUUGAAACGACUUGACGCGAUCGCUGACGUUGCUGAAGCAGUUUAUAAAAGAAGAAAAGAUAUUGAAAGCUUAUCGGGUGUGCAUGUUGAUGAAACUGGAAUUGGCAGCGGCCAGGAUUCCGUACCACUAGAAAAUAACAAUAGAGAUGAUUUAUUCAUACCAAUACUAACGAUAUGUGCACUGACGAUAUUAGUAUUGAUAACGGUUAUGGCCGUGCAUCAAUUUCGACAAAUGCAACGAAAUCGAAAUGCGACACAAAUUUCAAAAUUAGCCGAACAAAUCGAAAGCAAAACUUCUUCAACAUAUCAGGUUUAUUUCCUUUUUUUUGUUUUUUCAUAUUUUUCAAAAAAAUAUUUUUUUAAUGAAAUUUAUUGCCUAAAAAUUAAUUCAUUGAUAAAAAAAUUUUCGUAUCUAAAUUGUGAAUAA